CUCUGUUCAGUCUGUAGAAGACAAUCAAUGUGUCAAUGGUGUUUGACUGACCACGAAACUGAAAGUAUCCCAAGAGAGGAAACUAAAAUACUUCGUACACAAGAUAUAUUAUUAGCGUAUAAACCCUGUUACAUCGUAACUAAAAUGUCCAAAAAAGAAGAAAAUCUUCAACCACCUUGUCCUCCGGUAGUAACCGUUAAAGCAUCCCCAAAACUCCAAGUUUGUUCCUCGGUAGAUUCAAGUAAAAUAUCUCGUACAGUUUGUAUAUAUUUUCAGUCUGAUAAAGAGAUUGUACCUCGAGAAUCCUUUAAUGAAUGGUCUUAUGUAACUGAUGCUACAAUAAUGAAAUCAUGUUCAACUAAAGAAUCAAUGAGUAGUUCAAGCCAAACAAUUAUAACUUCAUUAGAUCAACCAAUUUGUCCAACUUCUGCUAGCUAUCAUAGUACAUUAACUCCACAAGCAGCAAAUGCCUUACAAAUAUUAAAAAAUACAUUUUGUAAUCGAGAAAUUUGUAUUACUUCUUCAAUGCCGACUUCAAAAAAUUAUUCUUUUACUAAUAGUGAAGAAGCGUGUACUAAAUCAACUUGCAAUACAUGUCUGAGUAUAAAUAACAUAAAUAAUAAAAUUAAUGGGCAGAAAAUCUAUUGCACACAACAAAUAUGUAAAAGUUUUUCCAAGUUACAUUUGCCUAAUACAAAUACUUGCAGCAACAAAACUUCUUCUCAUACAUCUAUCAAAUCACAUGGAGAUGGUUUUAAAAUUAUUCCCAUAUCUCUCUCUAAAGACACUUGUAUCUAA